GACAGUUUCUUGUUGUUCUUCUUGUAUUGACGAAAUGGCAUUAGAUUUAAAACGCAAACGGCGCACUGUCUUGUUCAGAAUAGGCAUUAGUAAGAGCCCAGUGAAGCUAAUUAGUGAAUGCUAGUUAUUUGAUGCAUUCCACGUUUGAUUUUGGAGGUCGCUUUUCUGCAGUAUUCUACGUCGACACUUGCAAACCAGGUGAGCAACAUGUUGACCAGUAUCACAGAGAGCAUCCUGUGCUGUCUGACCGGGAAAACCAACAGCCUGGUCCUGCCUCUGGAGUCCUCCCAGCCCUCAGACGGAUAUGAGUUUGUGGAGGUCAAACCAGGCCGGGUCCUUCGAGUUCGCCACAUCGUUCCAGAGCGCCCCCCGCUGACGCCCAAUGACAAAAGCUCAGAGGGGGACGAGGUGCGAGAGGAGGAGAGCACCGUGCACUGCAAACGCAAAAUCACCGUCUACCGCAACGGGCAGCUCCUCAUCGAAAACCUAGGCGACGUUUUGCACUCGGAAAUCUUACAGUGUCAGGACGGAGACUUGGAGCCGUGCAGCACCGUGGAAGUGGAACUGGCCGAUUAUAAAGAAAUGCCCUCGUCCCCGGACCCUAACCCCGCCCCUCCGCACGUGCCCGGUGAACACAAACCGGCGCCCCCUCCCCGGAGACGCCGCCGCCGACCCAAACGCACCGUCCUCAUUGACUCAGAGAGGACCAUCUCCAGCUGCAAAGGCACGCACUCUGAUGUAGCGCUGUUUUUCGUGCACGGGGUGGGAGGCUCCUCGGACAUUUGGAAGAGUCAGGUGGACUUCUUCUCGCGGCUGGGCUACGAGGUGAUCGCUCCGGACCUGGCGGGUCACGGGGCGAGCAGAGCGCCGCAGAUCGCAGCGGCGUACACGUUCUACGCCCUGGCAGAAGAUCUGAGGGCCAUAUUCAAGAGAUACGCUCGCAAACGCAACAUCCUCAUCGGACACUCCUAUGGGGUGUCAUUCUGCACGUUCCUGGCUCACGAGUACCCUGAGCUGGUGCAUAAGGUGGUGAUGAUAAAUGGAGGAGGCCCCACGGCUCUGGAGCCCAGCCUCUGCUCCAUCUUCCAGCUGCCCUCCUGUGUGCUGCACUGCCUGUCGCCCUGUCUGGCCUGGAGCUUCCUCAAGGCUGGCUUUGCUCGCCAAGGUGCCAAAGAGAAGCAGCUGCUGAAACAGGGAAAUGCCUUUAACGUGUCUCCGUUCGUGUUGAGGGCCAUGAUGAGCGGUCAGUACUGGCCCGAGGGAGACGAGGUGUACCACGCCGAGCUCACCACGCCCAUCCUCCUCGUCCACGGCCUCUGUGACAAGUUUGUGCCCAUGGAGGAGGACCAGCGCAUGGCAGAGAUCCUUCUCUUCGCCUUCCUCAAAGUGAUCGAGGAGGGCAGUCACAUGGUCAUGAUGGAGUGCCACACCGUCAACACGCUGCUACACGAGUUCUUUCUAUGGGAACCGGACCUGUCCAACCAGAACCAGAACCGAACCAGCUCCACCACAGAGAAAACCCUGCCUCUCAGUAACACUUACCAGACACUAAGAAUCACGAAGGGUGGGGACAAAUAACCAAAAAAGCUGAAAACGUUCAAUAUUUCUCCACCAAUCGGAUGAAUUUUGGCGUUUAUGUCCGUGGCGUCCUAUUGGCUGUUGGCUGUUGUAAGCACCGCCUUGUUUUUGGGAUGAGGAGGAAGGCCGUUGGGUGACGUUGAAGAAGACGGGACUUCACUUAAUGCAGGUUGCCAGGUGGACUACUUUCUGGAAUAAAAUACAUCGUUUCAACUUUGUGCUUAUGGAAGUGCAGUAUUCCCAAUAAUAUGUGGAGUUUGAAAGGACUUUGUGAGUUUGUGGUGCGUGGACAUUUUGGGAAACACAUCUUCUCAUACGGUGUCUGAAUUAACAUCUUACGUAUUCUGCGACGACUGGUGUUGUGAAGAAAAAAAUGACAAAAAUAAGAAAACUAUUGUCAAUUCUAGCUCUCACAAAUUGGUGGCUUUAUUUAUACACGCGAGAUCUUUAUUUUCGUAACUUAUUGUCCCGACCCAAACCUUAAAGUGUGUCAGUGUAAGCACAAAGCAACUUCAUUCGUGCAUGAGAAUACAAUGAUAAUCUAUAGCUGAAGUGGUUGCAAUAAAGAAAUAAAUAAAUAUAUAAUUUCUAAACGCUAUUUCGUACAUAGUUCUCACGUCAGUAUCCAAAGGCCCUGCAUGACUUCAAAUGCAACAGUGAGUAAAACAAAAACAUAACAGAUACAAUUAAAUGUGUAUUAAAGUUUU